AUGGUGGUUUGCCCUAUCUGUAACCGGGGCGUCAAGGCUUCCGAAAUCAACAGCCACAUUGACUCGGGCUGCCAGACAUUCAUCCUCGACGAGACCAAAGACCCGGCCUCGUCCUCACCUCCAAACGGAACACAAGCCAAUACUCAGAGCCAGCCACCGAUCUCGACGCAGAAAAAGCGAUCGGCGUCUACCUUCUUCCAGACCCCCACCGCGAAGCGACAGCUCACAACUGCCAGGGCAUUCACGCCGCUGCAGACAAACGGCAAUGGAGGGACAAAAGCUGGGGUCAAGCGGAGCUACGAUGAAGGACCGGGAGACAGCCGCUCGCCAGCAGACUCAAGAACCGGUGGGAGCGGGGACGGGGGGAAUAAAGACGACCCUCCGUUGGCAGACUCGCGGCAAGCCGAUGACAGCGCAGCCAAGACCAGCGUCCCCAUGACGAAACGCUCCAAGAACACCCGGACGGCUCCGCUAGCAGAGCGCAUGCGGCCGGACACACUGGAUGAUGUCUUUGGCCAGGACUUGGUCGGCCCGAACGGGGUGCUGCGCUCGCUGAUCGAGACGGACCGGGUGCCAAGCAUGAUCUUCUGGGGCGGGUCGGGCACCGGCAAGACCACCAUCGCUCGGUGCAUUGCCCGCCGCGUGGGCAGUCGCUUCAUCGAGUUGAACGCCACGAGCACCGGUGUGUCCGAGUGCAAGAAGCUAUUUGCCGAGGCGGCCAACGAGCUGGCGCUCACGGGGCGGAGGACCAUCAUCUUCUGCGACGAGAUUCACCGCUUCAACAAGGCGCAGCAGGACGUGUUUCUGAAGCCCGUCGAGGCAGGGACCAUCACGUUAAUAGGCGCCACCACCGAGAAUCCCAGCUUCCGAGUCCAGGCGGCGCUGCUCAGCCGGUGCAGGACUUUUACUCUUCAGGCCCUCACCGAAGAAGACCUCCAGCGCAUCCUGCUGCGCGCCCUGCAACAGGAGGUCGAAACCGAAGGCCUCGAGCUCAGCCCCCUAAUUGAUCAAGAACUCCUCCGCUACCUCUCCGCCUUCGCAGACGGUGACGCCCGCACAGCGCUCAACCUGCUCGAACUCGCCCUCUCCCUCACCACCAACCGCCCCUCAGACCCGGACAACCCCUCUCCCGAACCCGUCACCAAAGAAUCCAUCAAAGCCGCCCUGACAAAAACCCUCGUGUACGACCGCGCCGGCGAUCAACACUACGACACCAUCUCGGCCUUCCACAAAUCCGUGCGAGGCUCCGAUGCGGACGCAGCGCUCUACUACCUGGCGCGCAUGCUCCAGUCGGGCGAGGACCCGCUCUUUAUCGCCCGCCGCAUGGUCGUCAUCGCGUCCGAGGACGUCGGCCUGGCCGACAACUCACUCCUGCCGCUCGCGACGGCCACCUACACAGCCACGCAGCAGAUCGGCAUGCCCGAGGCGCGCAUCCCGCUCGCGCACUGCGCCGUGGCGCUCUGUCUGGCGCCCAAGAGCACGAGGGCGUAUAGGGGUUUGAAUAACGCGCUGAGCGCGCUGCAGGAGCCUGGGGUGGCGGCGCUGCCGGUGCCGGUGCAUUUGAGGAAUGCGCCGACCAGGUUGAUGCGGGAGAUGGGGUACGGCAGGGAGUAUAAGUACCCGCCCAACUAUAAAGAUGGGAGGGUGAAGCAGGAUUAUUUGCCGGAGCGGUUGCUUGGGAGGAGGUUUCUUGAGGAGAGAGAUUUGGGGACAGAGGUGGAUCCGGAUGUUGAGAUGGUGGUUGGCAAUGCGAGCUCAACGGCCUUUAUGAGAGGCUUCAUGAACCCUUUCCGGAAGAACGAAUGGGGCGAUCACAUGGUCGUAGAGGUCCGUAAAUGGUACCUCUGUCAAUACGACGAACUUGUCUGCUACAAGGCCCACGGCCCUUCACGGCCAGGCUGCGCAGUCCACUAUGACUGCCUCAAGGUGUUCAUGCGCAACUGCACCGCCAACGAUGUACUGGACCGUCUGUGGCAGACAUGCGUGUGGCGGCGCGUGCCCUGGAUCGGUGCCAGAGUCCCGGAGCUUCGAUUGCCCAAGAGGUCCGUCUGGCGCCUGAUUGACGCCUUCAUCCUGGCUUCCGAGAGGCUUGGGAUGCGAGAGAUUGCCGCUAUGCCUCGGGAAAUCCUCGGGAAAAUGCUGGAGAUGGUGAGGCGAUACGGCUACACAGACUUCUGGGAACGCCUGGAGGCUCUCGACCUGGCGAUACGCCUAUCCAUUGCCCCUUCACAGCCUUUGAGCAUUGUCAAUCUGGGCCAAGUCGUGUCCUGGGAGCGUGGCACAUCCCCUCAGCUCGCUCCCGAAGAGUCGCUAAAAAGCCUUCUCCCGUUUAUUCGCUUGACCAUUGACCACGAAGGGCUGAAGAUGGUUGAGCGCUUGUCAGAAUGGCCCGCAUAUCAACGAGAGCGGUUCGAUGACCAGCUUUUCGUCGUCGAGAAGGAGGACCGUUUCGGAGUCACGCUUGCGCGGUUCAAGAAUGGCCUCCUGAACCUGUCGGUGCUCGAAGACAUCGUGAAGCCCGAUUAUGCCGUUUGGGACACACCCACACCCCCUGACCUCACCAGCUGUCUCGUACGGCCUGAUCAGCCGCAAGGGUGGCGCCGUUUCCACACCGUCAAUCUGGCAGACAUCACCGGGCUCACCUUUUUGAUCAGUCCAUGCAGCUCGGGAAAGAUUUUGGGCAUUCAUGCGCACUCUAGAAACCGCCCUUCGGCGCUAAGCACGUACGAAGCGCGCCAUACAACCCCCAAGGAUUGGAGUUUCGACGGUUAUCUCCUGGUCCAUGUUCCCUUGUCUCGCCAUGACAGUAUCAUCAGCUGCGGCCCCCUAGUGAAUCGAGACUUUCUGGCAGGGAAGAAGCUCAUACAUGGCUCGACUAAGUUCAUGAUCAGAACGCGGCUAUCUGGCGAGAUCAUCGUUGGGGCCCCUGCCCAAGAAACAAUAAUAAUACGAACACCAGUCUUUUCCGAAGAGAACGAGAUGAAGAACUGGGCAUUCUUCGUCAGCGACCCCGAACGACCCCCCACAACUCUCAUGUACUGCACCGGGCCCCGCUGGAAGCGUGGCUGGAGGCACGAAGGCAUCUCCAUUAUUGCCCCGUACGAUGGCAAAGGAUCUGGACAGGCCGGCACGUUGCAGGAGCCGUCCUACUCUCCCCCGCCCAACCCCUUCAAGAACUACUGCCAUUCCUACGCGCCGCUGGAAAACGUCAGGCAGGUCCGUGUCUUUUACAGGGAGGACAAGGUCAGCCCGGGCGGCAUCCACUGCAUGGGCAUGCUGCUCGACUACGACAACAGCGGGCAGAGGGCGCUGGGCGAGUGCCGCGUCGGGUGCGCCCCGUCGAGAGCGUACGGACGGCCGUCGUCUAUUGCAUUUGUGAAUGUUCCUGCGAUGGAGAUCCGGCCGCCCAAACACAGCUCCAGGGCGUGUGCAAACCGCGCUUUUCCCCGCGUAAAGGUCGCGUUCGAUGGUGUUCCACCGGGGGAGGGCGGCAUGUUGGAGCAAUAUGCCAUGGCUGGCAUCGCCAACUUCUGGUUUGCCGACGGGAAGUCAGCUAUGUCAAUCACGGGAGGCAGGCUGAUCGGUGGCGGAGAUGCUUGA